AUUCACAGGGGAAUAAGUCGGGGGUGGAGGAGCAAAAAGUGUUAGAGAAAAAAAUGGAAGUUCACGUGCAACUCAUCUGACCUAACCACAUACGAAUGCAGUGGUGGCAAGAGUUCAGCAGUGAGUUUUGCUCUCUCUUUUUUUUUCCCUUAAAGCAACUUCCUAUGCUCUCAGCUGUCUAAAGAAGCAUUUCCUGGCUGUAGAGCGGACCGGGUCAGAGCAGGAGACGGACGACUUGUUGCAGGACUUUGAGGGAAAGUUGCAUUUCUGAGUAACAGAUGUGGGUAAGAUUCGGGUUCAGAGAUCUGAGAGUUUACAGCUCUUGGGAAGGAGCAGUGUAACCUGCUCCCUUCAAUCACUCGCACGGCCGUUUCCACACAUGCUGGUGAGCGGACACUCUGCAGCAAUAAUGGCAAAUAAUGGAAGCUCUUCUGGAUAUAACGUGCUCCUCAACUCGAGUACAAUCCAGACCGCUAAGAUGGCCAUGGCUAGUACAGCCCAAACCCCUGUAGGAAGCAUUGUUGGUACAAUCCACAGCACUGAGACGACCAGAGCUGAUGAUGGAUUCUUUACAGCCAUAAUUGCUGCUGUCAUUGCUGUGGUGGUCCUGGUCUUCAUCUGCCUGUUUGUGGUCAUUAUCCGCUACAUGUACCGGUACAAGGGCACCUACCACACCAACGAGGCCAAGGGCACGGAGUUUGCGGAGACGGCCGACGCUGCCCUCCGGAGCGACCCGGCGCUGCAGGAUGCCAUGGACGAGAACAAGAAAGAAUACUUCAUUUGAUUCACUGUCACACUGCCACACAAUCUCCAGGCCUUUCUGUACAGAACCUGGAUCCCCAGCCAUGGAGAACAGCGUGCAUCCUGUUUGUCACGGCAGACGGAAGCCUGGAAUGACUAUCUCACUGUCAUUUAGACCAUUUCACAUGGUUCGGUUCAUCCCUGAAGCCUAUAUGUGCCUGUAUCUCUACUGUAUUACAUGCUAACCUGCAGACUGUGUUCUGUGUGAGAGCCCAGACGGUCAGAAACGGACACCGCUUGUUUUUUUUUUUUAGAAAGGAAUUGAACAACACCAGCAGGCGCCAAACCAGUUAACCCAAACCCAAAGAGAGGAACCGCACUUAUUUGACACGAAUCAGCCGUACGAGUGUGAAGAGCUCUACGGCCAGGCCAAAGCAUGAAAUGACUGUCAAAUAGCUCUGCGGGACACAAUCGUACAAAAAAAACCAGCAGGGGAGAAGGAGGAGCUACACACCGGCAGGGUUACAGAGAGGAUCUGACGUCCUUCUAAUGCAAAUAAGACGUUUGCUGUUGUUGUUGUUUAUGAUGGUUAUUGCUGACAGGACAACAAGUGUUGUCUCGCCUUGAAAUUAAACCAAAUAUAAGAGUCUGUAUUAAAUUGAAAGCCCAGCACACAGGAUUUACGAACCUGCAGACACUGGGACUCAUUUUGCUAUACUACUCAAGUAUAAUUACAUUAUUAAUUACCCAGCUGAUUGUGUGUAAUGUGUUUUAUGAUCUUAAUACAAUACCAAAUAUAUUCACCAUUCACAUUUAUCAAGUUGUAAAACUGGAUUGUAGAUGUGCCACUUUCUGUAAGUGUAAUUAACCCUGUAAACGCCUCUUCAAUGUGUUUUCUUUCUUUUUAUGAUGUUUUACAUGUAAAUGUAAUAUUUAAUACUAUAUUAAAUGCAAUUCCAUAUGUGUCACUACAAGGAAACCUUCCUAGAACCACCUUGGCAACACCCAACAUCCAUUUUUGGCCGCAUCUCCGGCCAGUGAAGCAUGCAGCCCUGUCUGACCUCAGCCUUAUGAGGGUUUCAGUUUCCUCAUCAGUCCCUCAUCAGUAAAAAAUUUAUAUAUAAAUAGAUAAAUUAAAAGUAUAUAUAUAUGUAUAAAUAAUAUAUGUAUUUAUAUGUAUAUCAUGUUACAAAUAGGGUCAUUAAUAUAGUUUUACUGAGCAUACAGCUUAUCUAAACUAUAAAUUAUAUUUCUGCUUCACUGGCUGUUUAAUUAGAUAAGAACCUAGUUAAUUAAUACAUUUAUGACGUAUAUCUGGGCGUUGCCUUCUCCAUUUCUGCGUGUUCUGUGGGCGUGGAUGCAGUGAUGUUAUUAAACAAUCCUUAAAAGUCUUCCGGAGUAGGAUGCUUUUAUGUACCGUCCAUUGGAAGCCUACUACAGGAGGAUUUUAAGCGGCUUCUUUCAUCUCCUACGGUAUUGGGACAGGUGGCAAGAUGGCGUCACAAAAUCAAUUUCCGGGUCACCGAGUAGAGGAGGAGGAUCAGUAGAAAAGAGGAGACACUUUUGGGGUUUCUGGAUGCAGCCUAGAUCAGUUGAAGAUUCACCAGUUCUGUCUGCUGGUUGAGAGGAGGGAUCGUCUGAGGGAGGGAUCUGUACCUACUGUCCAUAGCAAGUCAGCAGAUGAGGGAGAUGUAAGUCCUUUCAAUUCAUGAGUUUAGUGUUUUUUUCACAGUUAAGCACAAACUAGUUUGUUUUACAUGUUUGUAUACAUGGCGUGGCCAGCAGUAGCAUACUUGCAUAACACCAACAAAGCCCUUAAAUGGCUCAUUCUGAAAAGGACUGAAACUGGUAAGAAUAGAGCUGGUGAGAUCUCUUUAUGUGAGAGUGAUUUUGUGCAAAUAACUUAAUGAACAUGUUUUGUGUAACCCAUAGACCUAUUCUAACCUGUGUACAAUCAGUUAUAAUUGUCCUCUUUAAUUGACAUUUAAUUAAUUAAAACUACAUUUUAAAGAGUGUUGUAAAUAAUAGUGAGACAAUAGUUAAAAUUUUUUAAUGUUUAAUACAAUCCUAAUACGUGUCAAUAAAUAAUUAGUUGGAACGUUCUAUCAAAAGUACUUGUGAUGAUUGUACCCUUAAUGUAAAGCGUUAUCUGUGUGUCUAAUAUCUUGUUUGAUUAUAAUCACAUGAUUUGGUUGCUAAACAGUUGAAGCUGUCUGAAAUCUACUGAGAUCUAAGAAUCUGACUAGAUGUGGAGUAUCUUCCCUGAUCAAGUGUUAACAGACCUGCGGACAUGUUCAUUUCCACCUUCUCCCAGCCUUCAUUUGGAUUAGUCGAGGUCAAGUUGGGUCAUGGACUUUAACGGUCAGAGACAUUCCAAAUAAAAGACUGUUGUAGCUUUGGCAGAAUGUUUGUUCAUUGCCUUGCAGCGAUGCAGAGAACCACCUACUGAGUUCUGAGGUGUGCGAAGUAUACACAGACAUGCCAAAUGUCAUGGGACAUCACUAUGUAAAUCAAUCAUGAAGUGUUGCCACAGGGCAUGGCUUGAAGACACUUAUACCUGUAUACAGUAUCCUAUAAAAGUAGUGGACCAGUGAGGCCAAUCCCUUUAUUUCUGCUGUAAACUGGAAACAUUUGGGUUUGACAUUUCGGUAACACUUUUCUUGGAUGGUCCAUUUGAUGGCCUCUUUGAUGCUCAACUGACAUUCAAUUAACAUGAUCAACUACAUGUCUAUUAAAUGCAAAUGAACUGAAAGGUGAAAGUAAAUGAUUCUCUAUUGAAUAUAACCCUACAUUCAACUCUAACCCAAACGCUUAUCUUAAUAUUUUAGGAUUGGGUUUAGGUUUAGAUUUUAGGCUUAGGUUAAGGUUAGGGUUAGGUGUAGGUUUCUAAUUUAUGGUUGAUUAAGGCUUAAGGUUAGGGUUAGGUGUACGGUUAGGUUCUAUUUUGAAUCAUUUACAUUCAACAUAGGGUUAAGUUAAAUUUAAUGGACAUUCAAUUCAGUGUUAGAUGAAUGUCAGUUGAGCAUCAACAAGGCCAUAAAAUGGACCAUCCAAGUAAAGUGUUACCGACAUUAUUUUCACAAUCUGUAGCGCACAGGUCAAUUGCACAUUGCGCAGCUUGAUUUAAGGGGUGUCAUGUGACCACACCUUACUUCCAGAUCACUACACCUAUCAGUGCAGAUAUAUCCCUAAACUUAUUAAAUAUAGACAUCAGUGCAGAUAUAUUCCUAAACUUAUAUUCCUUUUAAUAGCACGGGCGCAAGGGAUGAAAAUAGACUGCUGACAUGCGCAGGGUGUAGGAUAGCAUCCUAAAAGCUGAGUAUGAGACAAAAUAUCUACAUUUUAGCUUUUAUUUCCAGGUAUUUGCAUCUGGAUCUUAUACACAGUUCAAAAUAUAUCAUCUUUUAUCUUCACCCACUGAUUUUUCCUGACAGAAAAAUUAUUGGAACAGAUAAUCCAAAGUAAAUUAAAGUGAAUAAUAUUUAAUAUUUAGUUAAUUUCAUCUUUUUUUAUCUUUCAAUCUUUGCUUGCAAAAACAGCAUCAAUCUGUGACCCAUUGACUUCACUUAACCCUUUGAUUCUUUUUUUUAUGAGGCUUUUCCAGGCAGUGGGUUUAGGGUCAUUAUCCUGCUGCAUCUUUCUUUAAAUUGACAGACAAAAAGGAGAAACAAUGCAAGCCCAAGUCAUGACAUUACCUCCACCUUGUUGCACAUAUAUGCUGGUAUGUUUGGGAUAAUGAGCAAAUCCUUUUUUCUUCAAACCUUCCAUCACAAUAGAUAAGGUUAAUCUUUGAUAAAGACUGCUCUUUGAAUUUCCUGGCAAAUUUCAGUACUUUUGUUUAUGAAGUGUUCUAUAAACAGUAGAUUGUGAUACCUUCA